UCUCACGGGUCCUUCUGACGUGAAGGGAAAAUGGCCGCGUCCGUUUUCUGCAGGAGAAUGCUGGUGAGCUGUAACACAUUGAAAAGGAUUUUAACACCCCAAACACCAAAUUGCGCGAGCUACCCGAGCGGGGUUCUACUGCAGAGAGCAUCUUAUAACCCCAAACCUCUGAAACUCGAUCUUCGUGCUCCUUAUAUUCCAGACAAGAGCAGCGAGAAGACGCCAGAAUGGCAGAAGACAAGCAAAUACGAUGGCAAGUUAUACGGUCGCUACGGCUCAGCGUCAGGUAUCGACCCUGCCUCGUUGUGGCCCAGCCACGCAGAGCUUGACAACAUCAUCGCCGAGGAAAAUGAGUGGCAUCCUCCAUUAGAGGUCAUGUUGAACAAUAUCGCGGCCAAGCAAAAGGAAGAGGCCGAAAAACGCAUGGCAAAGGAGAAGCUCAUCGCAGAAAACAUGGCCAAAAUGCCCAAGAUGAUCGCCGACUGGCGCAGAGAGAAGCGCGAAAGCAAACAGAAGCUUAGAGAGGAGAAGGCACGUCGCGAGAAGUUACUCGCUGAGGCCAAAGAGCGUUUUGGUUACACAGUGGACCCCCGCAGCCCCAAGUUCUUGGAAAUGGUUGCUGAAAUUGAAAAAGAAGAGAAGAAAAAGAGGAAACUCAUGAAACGCAGACUGAGAGAGGAACAGUUGGGAACCACUGUCACCCCUCCAGUUACUUCCUCAUAAACUUGGACUCAGUCAGGAAGAACUUGAAUAAAUGUCAGUCUGUAUACAUAAUGAGACCACUUAAGUGCUCAUUUUGUUUACUAAUACCAUCUGGAAUUACAAGACAUUAAUAUUUUAAACUGAGAAUGAUUUGCUUUCCAAAAUUAAUUAUCAUUGUUGCCUGUCAUUGUAAUAAAUAUUUCUGUACAGACAACAUUGUGAAUAUUACAAAUUGGAGUUAGUAGAAAUGAAAACCUCACAUGAAAUGGGGCAGCAGUACCUCGUCUCUUUAAACUGUGAACCCAUAGCUUCAAAGCCGAAGUGAGGCUAAAGUCCUGCUGCAGAUAAAAUUUGAAAACAGUAGGUAGUUGAGAUUUUAGUCUGAUUCCUGGCUGCUAUCGAGGUGCCAUUGAAAAAGGGACAAUCAAUCCCAGUUCAAGUCACUCAGGAUGAAAAAAAUAUUCAACAUUUAUCCAUUUUUUUUUUUACAAAAUACAUUUCCAAAGGUACUAUUGAUGUGAAUUUUCACCAGAUGUUGGGAACGACCCAAGUAAUGCCUAUAUACAAAAUAAAACAAAUGAGAAAUUAAAUUGUGUAAACGUUGUGAAAAGCCAAGACAACACCUAAAAUCUAUCAACUGUAGUUCAGCCAUUUGUCACUGCAAAUUAAAUCUGAAUAGAUGGCCUACAACCAGGUCUCAUUGCCAAGGUGGGAGUCAAGACACCUCUCAUGAUAGGUAGGAGCAGAGAGCUGUCUCAAGACCAUUACAAACUGUAAUUGGUGCAACAACAUAACUAUGGCAUUUAUUACAGGCACAAAUCAAGUUUCUGAAUGUUCCAGGGAGCACACACAAGUGAAAAGCCAAUCAUACCACCCUAAAUUUGCCUUCUUCAGGUGCUCCUCGAAAGAUUUCUGACAGAGGAGUGCAAAGAAUGAUCAGGGUUGUCGUCUAAGAGCCAAGGACCACCUGUGGAGAGCUACAAAAAGACCUGGAAUUAGCAGGUACUGUUGUCACAAGAAAAACAGUAAUAUACUCUGCUGCCAUGGCUUGUAGGCACAUUCAGCUCCCAACACCCCAUUGCUGGAAGAAAAAAAAACAUGUCCAAGCUCAUUUAAAGUUUUUCAAACAUUUGACAGUCUCGUUUGAUGCCAGGAAGAUUUAACUCUUCGGUUACCGUAACAUACAUCUCAUUUGGAGAACAAAUAGUACUGCAGGUCCCCCUUAUAACAUACCAACGGUAAAGUUUGUAAGUGGGAACUUGAUCGAGUAGGGCUGCUUUUCAAAAAAUUGUAGCUUUCUCGAAGCAGUGAUCGGAAACAAAGGCUUUCGUGCCAAGUAUUAAAUAAAUAGCAGUUGGUUUUACAUUAUUAUACAACUUAAUUUCUGAUCUGUUUUUCUACUUUCUUUGUAUGGAUUACUUGGGUUGUUGAAAUUUAUGUCAAAAGAACCUUUGAAAAUAUAUGUGAGGAAAAAUGGUGACGUGUUUGCUUAUUUCAGCUGUUGUACUUUUUGACAACAUAACACACUGAUCUCAUGAUAAAAAUGUACCAUACUUCUCUUAUAUUAAUCCAUCAGAAUAAUGCAUUUCCUGUGAAUGUUUAGAGUGACUUUAAUCAGCGGUUGAUUCUGGUUAUUCAUAUGUAAACAUUGUCCAUAAAAUGAAAUGUCUUUAUACACAAGUCUGUAAUUUAAUAUACAAUUAAAGCGCUAUUAUCCAACA